AUGGUAGUUGAACGAAGACGAUUAGGAGUUGGUGUAUUGGAUGAUUGUAUAUAUGCAGUUGGUGGAGGAGAUGACAAAAAUUCAUUAAAUAGUGUUGAGGUUUUUGAUGUCAGUAAUCAAAAAUGGAGAUUGGUAGCUAGUAUGUCCACUGGAAGAUGGGAUUUUGGUGUUGGUGUACUCAAUAAUUUAUUAUACGUGGUUGGGGGUGGUAGUAAUGGUAAAUGUUUGAGAUCUGUGGAAUAUUAUGAUCCCACGCUUGACACAUGGACACCAGUUGCAGAUAUACCGAGUGAUGGAGUUUGGUCGUCUGUAGCUGAUAUGGAAAUAUGCCGAUUUCGUCCUGGAGUAGUGGCAUUAGAUGGGUUAUUGUAUGUUAUGGGUGGAGAAUCUGAUGAACAUAUCAAUGAUACUGUAGAAAUUUACAACCCCAAAACCAAUACUUGGACCAUGGAGAGAUUGUCAAGAAAUGGAGUACAAAUUUAUGGUGGAGUAGUUGUUGAUAGACCACAUCAUUAUCAUUAA